CCAUUAUUGCUACCUCAGAAUUUUAACAGUUAUACCUUUAUUAUAUAUAAGUACGAAAUAACAACAACAGAGAGUCAAUAAUUUUAUUAAUACAUGUACUUCGAUCUGUAAAUACACGAACCGAUAUAUGUGUAUAAUAAAAUCAAGUGACCCAGAUCAUUUACUCAAGAUAGAGAUUAAAUCACGUGAAUAAUAUCAUACUUUGAUUUUUACCUAAUGACGUCAGUUUCAGCGAGAUAAAUAUUUAUCUGGUAGUUAUUAGUGGAGGUAUUGCUGAAGAGAGAGUGUAGUAUAUAGAUUCAGCAAAAUAAUAUUAUCUGAAAGUGGUGGUAAUUAUCUCGUGGGAAUCAUAUGACUGUGAUGCACGUGACUUUAUUUACAGUUUACUUUAUAAAUUGUGAAUAUGUAUGGGACAGUUUCCUGCCGCGGUGGUAGACCGUAAAUCUAUCUUCAAUCACGAGAUGCGGAAUCGUAAUCACUAAAUAAUAUUUAUUGUAAAUUUAUAAUGCCUUUAUUCGAUAAAUUAUUCGUUGGGAAAAAAAAUAAUUGCAAAAAUUUUGAUGAUUUACUUCCGUUCAAGAUCGAAUUUCCUCCUCGUGAUUGUAAAAACAAGCUCAAAUUUAGGCCUGAUCAAAUAAGAAUAUUAUUGUUCCGUGAGUGCGAGUGGCGGGGAAGAAGAUUAUUGUUUGACUCAGUAUCUAAUAAAAUAAAUGGAAACUCCAAAUCACAUGAUGAGGAUUCAUGUCCAAGAAACAGAAAUGGAUUACCGCAGGAGAAUGAAAAGGAUCCUUGUGAUAACGUGAGUCUGUUGAGCGAAAUGAUAUUUGGCACAGUAGCGAUGACAUACAGAGGACCUUUGUUCAAAGUUCACACUUUUGAUAAUACUAAAUGUAUUAUGUGCUGUAAAGUUUUUCCUGCUUCUGACCAUUAUCCUCAUAAACAAAUUGGAAGAUUGUCAGAUGAAACGCUGGGUAGUCAUGAUUCUAAUUCUAGUAAUGGAAGUAUUCGUAAUACUCUUUCAUCCCCGAGUUCAGGUAAUUUAUCAACGGGUAGCUUAAGAAAAAGUUCAACUUGUUCAAGUACUUGUAGUGGAUGGGACAUAGAUGUUCCUUUAUUGGGGAGUUUGCAAUCAAUAGAUAGCAAUUCGUCGUCAGGAUUUGGUAGUUUAUCAAGCCUACGUAGACGAUGGCUACGAGCCAUGUCAACGUCGCUAAGUAUCACUGAGUCAGAUGAAAUAUUUGGAUUUCAACCGUGUGGCGAUACAUCCGGUGAUUUUAAUAUACGAAGACAUAAAACAAGACUCGGAUUGGCUAUUUUGAUUAAACUAACACUCGGCCAAGAGCGGUUGAUGGAAGUGAGACUUCUGGAGCACGUGGCUCAGCUUGAGGCGAUGUUGAACCGAUUGUGUUACGCCUGUAUCCAGCCUACCAGGAGAAAAAUAAAUUUUGAUCGCAAAGAAUCGACUGUAAAACUUCACCAGACCGCAUUACGGUGCACUCUCUGGUUACUGCGGCUGCUUAUGACCACAGAGAACAUUGGAAUACCAUCUAUAUGGCAUCAAGUAUUGCUUAACUCCUCUGUUUGUAUGGAAAUACGAGUUAAUAUGUUGUCCCGUAGUUUUCAUCAAAUGUCUCUGUUAUUGAAUAAAAUUGACACUAAAUCAACCAACUUCUUUCUCAGUACACUUGUAACAGCUGUUUUAACUUAUCAUCUUGGCUGGGUUAAUACCAUAAUGUCAUCACAUGAUAAUACACUGAUAGAAAAUAUAAAAUUAAAAUAUCCAUAUAAUCCACUGUGGGCUCAAUUGGGUGAUUUAUAUGGAACACUAGGUAAUCCAGUUAAAUUUGUCAAUACAGUAAUUAUUGGUGACCCAGAAAAAGAAACACUUAUAAAUGCAAUCCUGACAUUUUUGUCAUACUUUUUACGAAGUGCAAUAGUUGAAAAAAAUUAUGAGGUGCGCUAUUUACCUGAGGAAGAAGUACAAAAAGCUAUUGAAAUUUUGCAACGGAAAUCAAUUACCAAGAGCAGUAAAAAACAUUCAUUUAAAUCAAGAUCUAAUGACGGUAAAAGCAACCCAUUUACAACUAGUGCAGAAGCUAAAAGUAUUAACAAGACACGUGUUGAUUUGAACAUUCCAAAAUUACGUAAAACCGUUAGUUUGCACAAAAAUCUUAAUUAUUUAAAACCUGAAACAACCAAGUUGCCGUUAAAGCUUGAAUCCUGUCAAGACGAUUUAACUACUGAUUACUCAACAAUGUGUUCAAAUGAUUCCGACAAAGAAGAAACUUCAAGUUCGGUAAAAAUAAUAGUCAGCGAAAUAGCAUCGCAAACUAGUACUGUAGAUAAAGAUAAAAAUUUUCCAAAUGGAUUAUUAUUAAGAGCUGAUGAUUUUGAGCAGAAAAAUGACUGGAGUGAUUCCGAAUCCCCGACAUUAGCACAAAAAUUUUCAUUUUUACACGAUAAUAUUCAAGAGAGUUGUGCGUCUAAUGCAACAACAGAAGUUUACUACUCUCAAGUUGAAUAUACUCAGCAGCAACAAGAUGACAAUAAACAAAACCAAGUAUUUUUUACACUUGGUGGAGAAGAUAAAACACUUGGUGAUAAUAUUCCUUUAACAGAUAAUAAUUUAAAUAGUACUAAUAAUAAUAAUAUUAAUAUUAACAAUAAUUGUCAAUGUUCUCUUGCAUUUAAUCGGGUCCCGAGUACAUCAGCUCAGCUACCAGAAGGUGUGUUGCGUAAAAUUUUGCAAAGAAAUUUUCCAGAAUCAUCGAAAAGUAUUCAGCAAAGGCAACCAGGUACAUCGUUCGGGCAGAAAGAUCGUACGAAUCUUCUUGGCCUCUGUCCAAAAUGCAACGGUAGCGGAAGUACCAGUUACGAAAGCGGUAAGCUUUUGUUAGAAACGCCUACAAAUGCUACUGAAGUACUGAGAACUUGCGGUAAUUCUGUUAAUACACGUGCUGGGAGUAGCAGUAGUAAUAGCAGUAGCAAUGCCGGUGGAAGCAAAGAAAAAGUUACCGUCCGUCCAAGAGGAAUUGAUUCACUUGAUGAAUUAUUAGAAGCCAAUAAUGUAAUUGAACUGCCAAUGCCAAGAUCUAAAGUCAUUAAUGCUAACAAAUCAAAUAAUAAAUAUAAUUUUGAACAAGUAACCGGAUUUACAGACACACUUUUACGUAGAACGGUUACUAAAGUUAUGAAUAAUUGUAAAUUAGAUUCAGGGUACACGUCAGGUCUAGUCAUACAAGGAUUAAUUAAAAACAAGGAUAAGAAUGAUUGUAAAGAGCGGAAAACUGAUGAUGAAAAAGAUGAAGCGGUAGAACGGUUGGUUGGUGAGUUGAGAGAAGAAAUGAGUAUUAAUACACAAUUUUCAAUGGUUGAUCACACCAUUUCCGAGUCACUUUGUAUACUUGCUGAUGUUGAUAAUUGGCAAGUUGGAUUUAUAUCCAAUAAUUCGCCGAUUCAAAGUCCUUUACUACCGAUUGGCAUGUCUGCGUUGGUUUCAAACAUGCUCGAGGCUUUCGUUUAUUUGUGGACUAAAUAUCGGUCACCCGGAUAUUGUUUGAAUCUACUGGAAAAUAAAAUGCGAGAAAUAUGGCUGAGAAGCGAAGUACUGGCUAAGAUACUAAUGACUGGAGAUGUUUGCGAUAUGAGCUUGUCAAAUUUAACGAAUACUCUAGACCUUGAUGCUGCCGAUUUACCACUUUUACUCGCUGUUGCUACCACUCAUUCACCACAAAUUGCCCAACGAUUUGGGCUUACGCUUACUUAAGAUUUUAAUCUAGUUAUAAAUAUUAUUAAUACUUUAUUUCAAAGAUUGAGAUGGAUGAAUGAUUAAGAUGAAUAAUUAAUAUCGCUGUGAAAAGAUUUUUAAUAUUGAAAUUCACUUGAUGCUCUCAUACAUGUAGUUUCAAAAAUAGUAUACGUAAUGUGAUUUUUUAAAUUUAUAUUUAUUAAGUAAUAAUUUUAUACAAACUUGACAUUGUGAUGGUAAAUUUUUAAUAUUGUUGAAAAAAGUAAAUAUAUUUUUGAUCAUAGUUGUACAAUUUAAAAUUUUUUAAAAUCAGGAUUUAUUCCGAUAAAAGAUUAAUUGUGUGCUUAUAUGCUGAUAGCUUUUUAAAGGUACACAUUGAUAAAAGAUUUAUUUAAUAAAAAUAUGUAUAAAUACGAUAAUAAACUAUUUUUUA